UGUCAUUUGCCACCUCUCUUUGUCAGUUGGAGGUUGUGCACGUAUCUCUCUCUCUUUGUACUUUCCCUCCCUUGAACUUUUCCGCUUCUCUGCUCUCUAGAAGCUUAGUUUGUUUGUUUGUUUGUAUUUUUUUUUUUUUUUUUUUUUUUUGGCUGAAUUGAUGAAAUUUACUGUCGUUUAAGCCAUACUAUUUUUGGCCUUUGGGAUUUAUUUUCUUUUUGCGAAUAUGGGAAAUGAAGAAGAGCCAGUUGUAAAAGAGAAUGAUGAUGAAGGAGCUCGCAGCGUUACUUCUGAUCAUCUGGUUCAAAGGGCUGGAAAUUCAACUGAAAUAGUUGAGGUAACCUCGCCCACUCAACUUGGGAGACGACAAGAUCUUGCUUUAGAGAUACCAGCAAGAACUCUUGAGGAUACAGCAGAGGACUUUGUGAGGAUAAACAUGCCCUUAACACCAAGUCCUACUCCCAGAAAAGUUAAUUUUUCCCCCAUGCCCAGCCCUAGUUCUGCCAAAAUCUGGGAUUCCCCAGGUCCCUCUUCAUCAAAAAGUAAAUCAACCUUUAAAAACCUCCUUCCAAAGCUAAGUUUUAAGUUUCGGAAUAAUACAUCAGAUAUUGAAAAGGCUGCUAUCCUUGCCCUGGGAAGUUCAUUUGUGGAGACACGGGAGAAGCCUCAGAUUUCCAGGACUUUAUCCCUUACAAAGCUUUUCACACCCAGAACAAAGAGAACAUCAUCUUUACCCGUAACCCCAAUUUCUCACUCAAAUCCAGAGUCUAUGCAUGGGGGAAAAACAGUUGAUCCUCUGAAUUCUGGUAAAGGAGGAGCUCAGCUACCUAUACAUCGUUCACAUUCAGUCCCUGUGCUCAACAAAGAUGGGAGCGUAAGACAGUUGGAUUCUUUGGGUGGUGUAUUUCGUGUAAUUCCUACUACUCCACGUAUGGCUGAGGGUACUGCCACAACAACAUCAAACACACAUCCUUCAAAUGUUACUGAUGAAAAUGAUGAUGGUGUUGAAGAUAUUCGUGAAGACGAAGCUGUUUGCAGAAUAUGCUUGAUUGAACUGGGAGAAGGUGGUGACACCCUCAAGAUGGAAUGUAGCUGUAAAGGUGAACUUGCAUUAGCCCACCAAGAAUGUGCUGUAAAAUGGUUUAGCAUUAAAGGUAACAAAAUAUGUGAUGUGUGCAAAAAAGAAGUCCAAAAUCUUCCUGUUACUCUUUUACGACUUCAAAACCAGGCCAGUUCUUUACGAGGAGGUAUAACUCAGCAAGCUGAGGUUGGUCGAUACAGGGUUUGGCAGGAUGUUCCCAUUCUUGUCAUUGUCAGCAUGCUUGCUUACUUUUGUUAUCUCGAGCAGCUUCUGGUCGGGAAAAUGAAGUCUGGUGCAAUUGCUAUCUCUCUCCCAUUCUCAUGCAUAUUGGGCCUCCUUGCCUCAAUGACAUCUACAACUAUGGUUCGGAGGAAAUAUGUUUGGAUUUAUGCAGUUAUCCAAUAUGGACUAGUGGUUCUCUCUGCUCAUCUUUUAUAUUCUUUGCUUCACAUGCAGGCUGUUCUAUCUGUUCUACUCUCCACUUUUGCUGGGUUUGGAAUCACAAUGUGUGGUACUUCCUUUCUUGGUGAGUUUUUGAGUUGGAGGAGAAGAUGGGCAAUGUGGUCAAGUCAACAGCCUCGGACUCAGGAGGAGACACAGCAGGAUCAACCAUCUGCAACUGCCCAUCAAAUUCAGACCGAUCCUCAUCCCCACGAAACUGAAUCAAGAGUUUCGGAAACUGCAGUUGGCAACUGACUUCACACAUUGAAACUUGAAAGUAAUCAAUGGCAUAGAUGAGAGUCUUCUGGUUGCUUAGAAACUGCAUCAUAUAUGUAUAAACGUCAGUUGUAUGGUUGUAUAUACAGUGUCCUCUAAGUGCUUAAUUUCAUGCAUUUACCGCAUUCACAAGCCAGAUCUUGUAUUCCGAGCUGAGCCUCCACUUUUACCGUGUCUGAGUGUUUUCUUGAUUUUCUUUUAAGGCUGAAUGAAAUGGAAUUGAAUUCCGUGCAUCAUUGUGAUUUUUGUUCGUAAUAAGUUGUUUCCAUAGUCUAUACCUCAGUGAAGGAAAUUACAAUCAGCCAAGAAAUGGUAAA